AUGGCGAGCCAGCGCUGCUUCGCCAACCGCUUCGAUGACUACCAGGGCAGCCCGGCGGCGGGCAAGGAGGCGGCGGCGGCGGCCGGCAAGGAGGCGGCCGUGCCGCUCGUGACGGCCACCAUCGAGCGCAUCCUGCGCGAGCUGCCGCCGCUGGGCGCCUGCCAGGGCGGGCUGUACGGCGGCGUGGCCGGCGUGGCCUACAUGCUCUACCACGUCGCGCAGUGCCCGCUCUUCGCGCCCUCGCGGGACGCCUACCUGCGGGCCGCCCGCCGCCUCGCGGACGCCUGCGUGCGCUACCAGGAGGGCGGCGGCGAGGCGGACGCCGACACCCGCGCCGCCUUCCUGCUGGGCGGCGCCGGCGUGUACGCCGUGGCGGCGCUCGUCUACGGCGCGCUGGGGCUGCCCGAGGCGGCGCGCGCGCUGGGCAAGUUCCGCGAGCUGUGCGAGCUCUGCGCGCCCCUCUCCUUCCUCGAGUGCGGCUCCGACGAGCUCUUCGUGGGCCGCGCCGGCUACCUGUGCGCCGCGCUCGUGCUCAAGCAGCGCCUGGGCGUGGAGGUAUUGACUCCAGCACAGAUAAAAUCCAUUUGCCUGGCCAUAUUAGAGUCGGGAAAGCAAUAUGCAGUGAAAAAGAGGAAGCCAUUCCCGCUCAUGUACUCCUACUACGGGACGGAGUAUCUGGGCGCAGCACAUGGGCUUUCGUCAAUCCUCCAGAUGCUGCUCUCCUAUUACGAGUACCUCCAGCCAGCAGAUCAGGAGCUCGUGUGGCAGAGCGUUGACUUCCUCAUGGACCAGGAGCAGAACAGCAACUGGCCGCCGGAGCUGGGAGAGACGAUUGAGCGGGAGAACGAGCUUGUCCACUGGUGCCAUGGAGCUCCAGGCAUUGCAUACCUGUUUGCCAAAGCUUACCUGGUGUCCAAGAAGCCCCAGUACCUGGACACUUGCAUCCGCUGCGGGGAGCUGACUUGGCAGAAAGGCCUGUUGAAGAAGGGACCAGGGAUCUGCCAUGGGGUGGCCGGCAGUGCCUAUGUGUUCCUGCUCCUGUACCGGCUCACUGGCAACUCCAAAUACAUUUACAGGGCACAAAAGUUCGCAGAGUUCCUGUUCACGGAGGAGUUCAAGGCUGGCUCGCGGGCGCUGGAGAGCGUGUACAGUUUGUACGAAGGCUUCUCGGGGACUGUGUGUUUCCUGACCGACCUGCUGCAGCCCAACCAGGCCGAGUUCCCGCUCUUCAGCGUCUUCGUGUAGCGGGCGGCAGGCGGCGAGGCCGCGGCCGCUUCCCCCGCCCGCCCGGAGAGGUUCUUUGCAAAACAAGCCCGUGGCACCAC